AUGUUAUGUACAGAGCUUAAAAAGGUUGUCAUCUCUAUAGCCAAAUUAUUAUAUGAUAUCUUUAUGAAGGGCACCUCAUUGCAAUCAGAGGAGAUAAAGAAGUGUGUCAUUGCAGCUGCCACUAAGCUACUCAAGACUGGUGAUUACCUUCAGAUCCCUGACUCAUUUGAUGCUCUCAAGGAUGUUGGUCUUGAAUUUUUCUACAGCAACAGCAAAAAAGCACUGAAGAUCAUGGAUGACUUCCACCAAACAAUCUUUGUUAAUGUGCUCAUUCUUGUGGUGGUGACAUCAGUUGACAAGUUGCUCAAUAUUCCAGAACUUUGCGAAGAGCUUAAAGAGAUGCUCCAGCAAUGGACUAAGAUUGGUAUGAGCGAAUUUGAUUGGCAUGCAGAUGGGAGUGCUGCAGGCGGUGACAUGAACAUCAAUAUCAUACUUUAA